UCAUUCAAAUUUAUUUGGUUAUCUUUACUCAUGACUGAAAUUGAAUUGCUGGCCGAAGAACUUAGGGGUUUUGGACUGCGUGCCUCUAACGGGGAUGUACUUCAGAAAUUAACUCAACUGGGUCUUAAGUGGGAUAUAGAUGAAUCUGCUCUGGUAGAAAAGUAUGUCGCUUUUCAACGGAAUGAAGAUCUGCCAGACGAAAUUUCACCCAAACACGUCGAGCAGUUUGAUCGCGAAGUUUGUUGCUAUGGUUAAAACAUCGGCCCAGCUGCUAUUCCUAUUAGUUCAGAAAAGUUGGAAUCCGCUUGCAUUUUCCCAUUGGCUAUCGAAGAUCAUCGGUUCAAGACAUCUCCUCGUUCUCCCUCAAGUGAAUGGAAGGUGGACGUGUUGAAUAAUUCUAUGGCACCCGUUCGCUAUAUGCACCAACCGACUUUGGAAAAAGCUGAAGCGCUUGACAACUGGGUUUGGGACUUAGUCAAACAAAUCAUCGCUAAGCUACCGGAAGAAUCGUUCACCGAGUCUACGAUAAACCCAGGUUCUAGUUCUCAGUUGAUUCAUUGUCCUUCGGUGAGUCCCUCUCCCUUACGUGGCGCGUUGAGUGGAAGUUCGUCGCAACCAGUAACAAAGGCAACAGGAAGCCUCGAGCGGACUACAUACCUUCGACCCACUUAUGUCCGUCUCCAGACCAGUUCGCUUGUUGCCGGUCGUGUAGCGUCAAGCACGUCAACUCUCAGCUCCCAGCUGACUACAGAAGCGAAAGAAAACGACUUGCAGAUGACCAAGAAUCGACUUCAACCGGGCAAUGCUGCUGUUAUUGGUCUUCGUCGAGUUGAAGGUGCCGGUGGCAGUGCGGAUGCGAUGACACGAUUAGAGUUCCCGAUGGCAAACAGCUGCGUUUAUUCCAUUUUCUCCGGACAACCGGUGAUUCUGCGAGCGACUAAUCCUACUGGUCGUCAACUGAAUGUGACUGAUGUCUUUACUACAAUGUUCUACUCGAUGCGACCUACACUGUUCACACCGAUACGUAGUGCCGUUCCCAAAGCUAAAUGUGCUCAAGCAGUUGAAUAUUGGAGUUUUGUCCUCUUUUUCUCCCAACUCAAUUUCAUGUCAGAUUUGUGCGUGAUGGUUGCUACUGGUCCAUAUACGUUCGCCAAUUCAAACGAUCCCUCACUGCUUUUGACUUUCCUUCGUGAGGUGAAACGAAACAGACCUCACGUAUUAAUUCUGUUGGGUCCAAUUGUAGAUGCCAAUCAUCCUGUUGUCCAGACCUAUUGCGAGACAACUUAUGAGGAAUUGUUUCAGUCUCGGUUGAACUCAGUGGCCGAAUACUGCAGUCACUUGGAUGUUCAACUAAUCGUUGUUCCAUCUUGGCGUGAUGCACAUCACGAUCCGGUCUAUCCCACUCCACCGUUCGAUUCGGACUGGACACAACAGACGACGGAACUGAUUGGACAUUUUCGCAAUGUGCAUUUUGUCUGGGAUCCAACUGUGGUCAGUAUCGGAGGUUACGUGUUUGGUUUCACUUCAGUGGAUGUCUUAUUCCACUUGAGCAGUGAGGAGAUUAGUUCCGGGUGUUCCGGUGAUCGGAUGGCCCGUCUCUGUCAGCAUAUACUAUCCUCUCGAACUUUUUAUCCGGUCCAUCCUCCGGCGGACGAUUUGCCGUUGGAUUACGUCCUUUGGACGCAACGUGCUCAGCUUUCUUCGGCACCCCAUUGUCUGAUUUGCCCAUCACGUUUGCGGCAGUUCGUGAAGGAUGUAGAUGGUGUUUUGUGCAUCAAUCCCGGUCAUGUUUCCCGGGGUCAGUCCUCUGGGAGCUACGCAACGAUCACUAUUCACACGGAUACACCUAAUGAUCAUGAACAUGGGAUAUCGGAUGAUGCCGCGAAUGGAUCUACGUGUUCCUGGAGCAUCGCUAACCGCACCGCAGUCCAUGUAUAUCGUUUGUGA